CGCGAUUCGGCGGCAAACACCCGUCCACAAGAGAGAUGGCGCUGUCGGCGGCGCUCCUGUCGGCAGCGCUCUCGCUGGCGCCUGGGCCGGAGGGCCGGCCCAAGGCGCCUCGCCCGCUGCCGCAGAACUCGCUGCUGCCCGCCAAGCCGCUGCCGCUCCUCCCCUCGCUGCCCCCUCGGAAUGGCGCAUGUGACGGGGACUUUGAGACCUUUCUCCGUGAGGAGCAGACCCGGGCGGCGACCUUCCUGGAGAGCGAGCAGACGCGGGUGGCGAGGAUCUUCGAGUGGGAGCACGACCGCGCCCUGCGGUUCGAGCGGCUCGGCGAGCACGCAAACUACUGGGAGGACCCGCGGAUCCACAACUUUGGCAACACGGGCUGGCGGGGCUGGCUGCACGCGCUCGCCGUCCCCUUCUCGACCUUUUUGAUCGACAAGCUGGCCUACGGAGGCGUCGACGCGCGCAAGCAGAUCCACGAGAGCGAGCUCUCCGCCGCCGGACAGACCGUGGUCGACCUCUGCUCCGGCGUCGGAUUCUCGUGCGCGCGCGCCGGCAAGGUGACCGCCGUGGACACGUCGCCGAACAUGCUCGCGGUCUCGCGGCUGCGGCGGCCGGACGUGCACGAGCGGGUGGUGGCCAACGCCGAGGCGUUCGGCGAGGCGGGCAGCUUCGACGUGGCCACGCUCAUGUUCGCGACGCACGAGAUGCCCGGCUACGCGCGCCGCCGCUGCAUCCGCAAUGCUCUGCGGCUUGCGAGGGACAAGGUGCUCGUGGCCGACAUCUGGCCCGGCUUCCGCCCAAACGACAUGAUGCUCUCCGGCGAGCCUUACGUCCUCGACUACCUCGCUAACAUGGAGAGCGACGUCGAGGCGAGCUUCGACCCAAUGCAGUGGACGCUGACGAGGGAAGCUGUCCUUCGACCAGCCUACAAAAAAGAAAACGAGUGCCACACUAGUGUUCUUCUGUUUGAUAGGAGGACGUCGUCGAGCAGCACGUCCGGAUGUGGAAGUUCGAGCGGCUGAGUUGGGGCGUGUAGGAGCCGCAGCCGUAGUAGCCGCAGCUGCGGGAGGAUGGAGGAGCUGCUGCCGGGCGUGCGCCGCGCCGCGCCGUAGCGCGCGCGGGGGGGGCGGGGGAGGGAGGGGGGGGGGGGGUCUGUGCGUGACGGCGCGCGCCUGUAUUGUGUAUCAUUGUGUGAGUCGCGCGCCGCGGAGGCCCUUGUGCAGUGGGAGAGGUGCCCACAGCUCUCGCACUGGGCGAGAGCGUGGGUAGGUGGGUUGUCAUGUUGUUCGCAUGCCGGGUCGGGAGCGGAGAAGGGAGGUCUCAGAGAGAGGAGAGUUUUCAGUUUGGAGAGAGUGUGCAGUGUGUCUCGCCGAAGGCGCUCUCUCGCGAGCGUCGUAUAUUUUUCUGUGUCUGUCGGAGCACUU